GCCCACCACUGUCUACUUUACUCAUCAUGACCCUAUUGAGACUCAUUUUGCUCUUAUGUUUCCUACUUACUCAUUUUCAUCACAUCCUAUGUGACAGUAACACAGACAGAGAAGCCCUUCUUUCUUUCAAAUCUCAAGUCACUGACCCUAAAAAUGCUCUCUCUGGGUGGUCCACACACUCCAAUCACUGCACCUGGUAUGGUGUCACAUGCUCCAAAGUUGGAAACAGGGUCCAAUAUCUUAAUCUACGAGGACUUUCCCUCUCUGGCAAACUCUCCCCUCACCUUUCCAACCUCACUUUCCUACACUCACUCGACCUUUCCAACAAUACUUUUCAUGGCCAAAUUCCUCAAUCAUUUGGCAAUCUCUCUCUUCUCAGUACCAUUCUAUUAUCUUCCAACAAUCUCAGUGGUACUAUUCCACCACAACUGGGUUAUCUCCACCGUCUACAAAGUUUAGACUUUUCUGUCAAUAAUCUCACUGGUCAGAUUCCUCCAUCAUUUGCCAAUCUCUCUUCUCUUCAGAAUCUUUCCUUGGCAAGAAACCAUUUGGAGGGGGAGAUUCCAACUGAACUUGGUAAUCUCCGCAAUCUUUCCUUUCUUCAAAUCUCAGAAAACCAUUUCUCUGGCAAGUUUCCCACUUCUAUCUUCAACAUGUCUUCCUUAGUCUUUUUAUCCGUGACAGAAAACAAUCUUACAGGUGAGUUACCACAAAAUUUUGGCCAUUUUCUUCCAAAUUUAAAGAUUCUAUACCUGGCAACUAAUAUGUUUGAAGGAGUAAUUCCGAAUUCCAUAUCCAAUGCCUCACAUCUUCAAGAGAUUGACUUUGCCAACAAUAUGUUUACUGGGCCCAUACCUCUAUUCUGCAACUUAAAAAACCUUACCCGCCUCAUUCUUGGUAAUAAUUUUCUCUCUUCCACAACUUCGUUAAAUUUUCAGUUCUUUGAUUGCCUUAGAAACUCUACCAAGUUGCAGGAACUCCGGAUCUAUGGAAACCACUUGACUGGGGAGCUUCCAAAAUCUUUUGCUAAUCUGUCAUCAAAUCUCCAACAUUUAUGUGUUGCUGAUAACUCUUUUUUUGGCAGCAUUCCUCAAGGAAUGAAGAAAUUUGAAAAUAUCAUAUCCUUGUCCUUUGAAUAUAAUUUUUUCACUGGGGAGUUACCAUCAGAAAUAGGAGCACUAAACAAUCUACAGCAACUUGUGAUAAACAACAACAGAUUGUCUGGGCACAUUCCAGACACUUUUGGCAAUCUAACAAAUCUGUUUAACCUUGCAAUGGGAAAUAACCAACUCUCGGGUAGAAUACAACAAAGUAUUGGACAAUGCAAGAGAUUAAAUUAUCUUUACAUGAAUAUGAAUAGAUUUGGUGGGACCUUACCAGAUGAGAUUUUUCAACUUCCUAGCUUAAUUACGUUGUAUUUAGCAGGAAACUCUCUGCAGGGUCCGCUACCUCCUAUGGUGGGCACCAUGAAACAGCUUGAGACCAUGGAUAUUUCUGACAACCAGUUGUCAGGGAACAUUCCUGUGGAAAUAGGGGGGUGUUUGAGCUUGAAGUCGCUAACGAUGGCAAGAAACAAAUUCAAUGGUUCGAUCCCCACAAAAAUUGGGAAUUUAGCAUCCCUUGAGACUUUGGAUUUAUCAUUAAACAGUCUCACUGGUGCUAUUCCUGAAAGUUUAGGACAGCUCGAGUAUAUACAGAAAUUAAAUUUGUCUUUCAACCAUUUGGAAGGGGAGGUUCCUAUGAAAGGUCUUUUUACGAACCUUACCAAAUUUGAUCUUCGAGGUAACAAUCAACUCUGUAGCCUUAACAAGGAAAUUGUCCAGAAUUUUGGAGUACUCUUGUGUGCUGUUGGCAAAAAGAAAAGAAAGAUUUUACUGCCUAUCAUUCUUGCAGUCGUUGGUGCUGUUGCUUUGUUCAUUUCAACGCUCUUUCUAUUUUGGACAAUGACGUCUGGAGAUAAGAAAAGAAAAGAAGGGAAAACUAGUGUGUCAUCUGCCCCUCUUAAAGGGCUGCCUCAAAAUAUUUCUUACGGCGAUAUUCUCACUGCCACAAACAACUUUGCAGCUGAAAACUUGAUCGGAAAAGGAGGCUUUGGUUCUGUGUAUAAGGGUGUGUUCAGGUUCAGCACUGGGGAAACCGCCACUCUUGCUGUCAAAGUCCUGGACCUGCAGCAAAGCAGAGCUUCCAAGAGUUUCGUUGCUGAGUGCGAAGCUUUGAAAAAUGUCAGGCAUCGGAACCUAGUAAAGGUUAUCACUUCUUGCUCCAGCCUUGAUUAUAAAGGAGAGGAAUUUAAGGCCCUUGUCAUGCAAUUCAUGCCCAAUGGCAACUUGGACAUGAAAAUACACCCGGAAGAUGAAGAGUCGGGAUCUUUUCUAACCUUGAUGCAAAGACUGAACAUUGCCAUUGAUGUUGCUUGUGCUAUGGAGUACUUGCACCAUGGCUGCGACCCACCGAUAGUUCAUUGUGAUCUGAAACCUGCCAAUGUCCUUCUCGAUGAAAAUAUGGUGGCACAUAUUGCAGAUUUUGGAUUAGCAAGGUUUCUCUCCCAAAAUACAUCAGAGAAGCAAAGCACUCUAGGGCUGAAAGGAUCAAUCGGCUACAUUGCCCCAGAAUAUGGUCAAGGAGGCAAGGCUUCAACUGAGGGCGAUGUGUACAGCUUUGGGACUCUUCUGUUAGAGAUGUUUACGGCCAAAAAACCAACUGAUGAAAUAUUCAAAGAAGGAUUGAGCGUAAGCAAAUUUUUGUCAGCCAUGGAUGAGAAUGAAAUGCUGAAAGUCGUUGAUAGAAGGCUUAUUGAUGGUUAUGGAUAUUGGAAACAAAGCUCAAGCAGUGAGGAUUAUAGCGAUGAACUUAACGGAAAAACAGAUUGGAUGCAUAAUGCGGAGGAGUGCAUAGCUGAUGUGAUAAGACUUGGGUUUUGUUGCAUGGCUGAUCAACCCAAAGAACGAUGGAGCAUGAGAGACGCCUCAUCAAAAUUGCAAACAAUUAAGCACUCUAUGCUGCCCUUUCAACUUUAGUCCUAUGCCAACUGCAUGUGUCCUGCAAUCUUUUAAAAGGAGAAUAACCAGUGAAAAAUGAUGCACUUACAAAAAUAUAGAUAUUA